AUGAGCAGGGAGGAGUCCCAGAUACCUUCUCGCUCCCCCGGUGAUCAAAGUUGUGUCACUGGUGGUGAUUUGUGUCCGAAGGAAUGUGACUGUGAUAUGGACAAUGGGUUGAACAGAGCCACCUGCAUUGAUCAAAACUUGAUCAGUGUGGAUGUGGGUGUGCCUAAAGAGGUACAAGUUUACAUCCUCACCCACAAUUUAAUCAGCGAAUUGGAUAACUUUUGUUUUAAGGAUGCAGGAUACUUGUCUUUGGAGAUGUUGAACUUGUCGUACAAUAAGAUAUUUUGGAUUGGCUUACAUGCCUUUUCUGGUUUGGAAAAGAUUGUUCACAUUGAUUUGAGCAAUAACAGACUUAGAUAUCUACCCUCAGACCUAUUUUGGGAUACACCAAAACUUACUUACUUGGACUUGUCGUCCAAUAUUUUCGAAAAGCUCAAGAAUGAGCCGUUUUUGAUGCAUUCAAAUUUACAGGUGUUAAAUUUAAAUAGUUGCCACAUGAUGUCAUUACCCGAGAGAUUGUUCACAAGACUGCCGAAUUUGAAAAAGUUAGAUUUGAGCGAUAACUAUGUUGUAACGUUCAGUGCUCAAGUUCUCGCUCCCUUACGCAAAUUGCAAAGAAUAGAACUAAAAAGUGACUAUUUGAAGUGCACAGCGGACUUUAUGGCUGUGGAAAUCUGGCUAAUUGCCCAUGGUGUAACUUAUAAAAAACAAUGCAACAAGUUGGCGCCCAAUAUGUCGGAAAAAAUUAUAUCAGUCGUAAAUGUUGAAAAAGAAGAUGUCGACGUCAACGACGUGUGGAACAUCACGAAGCCUGCAACGGACCUAGGUCACGACGAGACCACUACGCCUAUGACUCCAUUCCAGAAAUUCGAUAAGGAAUUUUCAGCCUUCCAAGCGUUCAUUUUAGGUUUGGAAUUGGGACUGGCGUUUGGCGUCAUUGCAACGUAUAUAUGGUUGCGGCAGUUCUGUAAAUGUGGUCAACUGACUUGCUUGCAGCCGCGCCGUCGACAAAAUAGAAGAACGCAGAUACGUCGAGAUGGUGAUAUGAGGGCUGGUUUGCUGUGGAAUAACGUGAUAAGUCCCGAUUUGGAGACGCCGCCUUCAUUUAGGAGGCAAGUAUCUUUGCCUGAUCGCACUGCGCCAUAUCAGACGUAUGGAGUACCUAUUGUGAGAGAAGCGGCUCCAUUACAGGUCGACGCUAUUCGAUUACCUGAUAGAGCGGAAACUCCACCGCCCCCAUAUCACGAGUGCCGCAUCAAUAUAUGA